CUUAAGAUUCCAGGAAAAAUAGGCAUGAGCCCAGAUGGAGGUGGAGCACUUAUUUAAACACAGCAUCACAGCAGCUCUGAGCUCAGAACCAGAAAGUUCUCUGACUGAGAUGCAUCACCUGUAUUCUGAUAUAUUAAACACAGAUGAAAGGAUUACAUCGCUGACAAUGGACUUUGACAAGACUCACAGAUCAAUGUUCUCCUUUAUCCUCCUCUUUUUAAUGCUACCUCAGUGGACCCCAGUAGCAGGUUGGUCCUACCAUCACUCUAACACCACCAUGGACUGGAAUACUGCUCGUCAGUGGUGUAGGGACCGCUUCACGGACAUGGUGGCCAUCCAGAACCACGGCGAAAUCAGCCACCUCAACACCAACCUUCCUCGAGUAGACGGAUACUACUGGAUCGGCAUCCGCAAGAUCAACAACAGCUGGACCUGGGUGGGCACUAACAAGAAGCUGACGGAAGAGGCCAAGAACUGGGCCAAAGGGGAGCCCAAUAACGGACGGAACAACGAAGACUGUGUGGAGAUCUACAUUAAGAGGGAAAAGGAUGAGGGCAAAUGGAACGAUGAGUCCUGCAGAAAGAGGAAGACUGCACUUUGCUACACUGCAUCCUGCAAGAAAGACUCUUGCAGCCACCAUGGAGAAUGUGUGGAGACCAUCAACAACCACACGUGUGAAUGCUUUGAGGGCUUCUAUGGAGAAGAGUGUGAGCACGUUGUGAAAUGCCAAGCAGAAGAAAUAUCUGCUCCUGAUCACGGCAGCGUCUACUGCGUCCACCCUAAUGGCAAUUUCUCGUACGAUUCUCAGUGCGAGUACACCUGCAAUGAGGGCUACCAGGUCGUCGGCUCACAAACAACACGGUGCGAAGCCUCAGCAGCUUGGUCAACCAAACCACCGACCUGUGAACUCGUCCAGUGCUCUGAUCUGACUGAGCCUCUUCACGGCACCAUGCAGUGUGAUCAUCUGCUUGGAAGCUUCAGCUAUCAGUCCUCCUGUGAGUUUAGCUGUGAGGAAGGAUACAUACUAGCAGACUCAAGCUCCAGCAAGCUGAUGUGUGAAGCCAGUGGGCACUGGAACGAUUUUCAGCCCAUCUGUGAAGCUGUUCGCUGCUCAACUCUUGAGGACCCUGCAAACGGCAGAAUCAUCUGCAGUGGUGAAAGUUUUGGCAGCAGCUGCAACUUCAGCUGUAAUGAUGGGUUCAACCUUGAGGGGGCGCCAGAAAUUACCUGCACCCAAUCUGCAGAGUGGAGCCAGGAGAUACCUUACUGUGAAGUCGUCCAGUGCUCUGAUCUGACUGAGCCUCUUCAUGGCUUCAUGCAGUGUCAGCAUCCAGUAGGACGUUUCAGCCAUCAGUCCUCCUGUGAAUUUAGCUGUGAGGAAGGAUACACACUAACAGGCUCAAGCUCCAGCAAGCUGAUGUGUGAAGCCACAGGACUCUGGAAUGAUUCUCGGCCCACCUGUGAAGCUGUUCAAUGUCCAGUCCUUCAGGACCCUGCGAACGGCAGAAUCACCUGCAGUGGUGAAAGUUUUGGCAGCAGCUGCAGCUUCAGCUGUAAUGAUGGGUUCCACCUUCAGGGGGCGCCACACAUCACCUGCACAGAGUCUGCAGGGUGGAGCCAGGAGGUUCCUUACUGUGAAGUUGUCCAGUGCUCUGAUCUGACUGAGCCUCUUCACGGCUCCAUGCAGUGUCAGCAUCCUCUAGAAAGCUUUGGCUAUCAGUCCUCCUGUGAGUUUAGCUGUGAAGACGGAUACACACUAACAGGCUCAAGCUCUGGCCAGCUGGUGUGUGAAGCCACUGGACAUUGGAAUGACUCUCGGCCCACCUGUGAAUCUGUUCGAUGCCCAACUCUUGAGGACCCUGCGAAUGGCAGAAUCAGUUGCGGAGGUGAUAGCUACGGCAGCAGGUGCAGCUUCAGCUGUAAUGAUGGGUUCCAACUUCAGGGGGCACCAGACAUUACCUGCACAAAGUCUGCAGAGUGGAAUGAGGAGAAACCUUACUGCAAAGUUGUCCAGUGCUCUGAUCUGACUGAGCCUCUUCACGGCUCCAUGCAGUGCAAGCAUCCAUUAGGACACUUCGGCUAUCAGUCCUCCUGUGAGUUUAGCUGUGAGGAAGGAUACACACUAACAGGCUCAAGCUCCAGCAAGCUGAUGUGUGAAGGCAGUGGACACUGGAAUGCCUCUCGGCCCAUCUGUGAAGCUGUUCGAUGUCCAGCUCUUGUGGACCCUACGAACGGCAGGAUGAACUGCAGUGGUGGUAGUUUUGGCAGCAGCUGCAGCUUCAGCUGUAAUGAUGGGUUCCACCUUCAGGGGGCGCCAGAAAUUACCUGCACUGAGUCGGCAGAGUGGAGCCAGGAGAAGCCUUACUGUGGAGUCGUCCAGUGCUCUGAUCUGACUGAGCCUCUUCACGGCUCCAUGCAGUGCGAGCAUCUAGUAGGACACUUCAGCUAUCAGUCCUCCUGUGAGUUUAGCUGUGAGGAAGGAUACACACUAACAGGCUCAAACUCUAGUCGGCUGAUGUGUGAAGCCAGUGGACACUGGAAUGGUUUUGAACCCACCUGUGAAGCUGUUCAAUGUCCAGUCCUUCAGGACCCUACGAACGGUAGAAUCAUCUGCAGUGGUGAAAGUUUUGGCAGCAGCUGCAGCUUCAGCUGUAAUGAUGGGUUCCACCUUCAGGGGGCGCCACACAUCACCUGCACAGAGUCUGCAGGGUGGAGCCAGGAGGUUCCUUACUGUGAAGUUGUCCAGUGCUCUGAUCUGACUGAGCCUCUUCACGGCUCCAUGCAGUGUCAGCAUCCUCUAGAAAGCUUUGGCUAUCAGUCCUCCUGUGAGUUUAGCUGUGAAGACGGAUACACACUAACAGGCUCAAGCUCUGGCCAGCUGGUGUGUGAAGCCACUGGACAUUGGAAUGACUCUCGGCCCACCUGUGAAUCUGUUCGAUGCCCAACUCUUGAGGACCCUGCGAAUGGCAGAAUCAGUUGCGGAGGUGAUAGCUACGGCAGCAGGUGCAGCUUCAGCUGUAAUGAUGGGUUCCAACUUCAGGGGGCACCAGACAUUACCUGCACAAAGUCUGCAGAGUGGAAUGAGGAGAAACCUUACUGCAAAGUUGUCCAGUGCUCUGAUCUGACUGAGCCUCUUCACGGCUCCAUGCAGUGCAAGCAUCCAUUAGGACACUUCGGCUAUCAGUCCUCCUGUGAGUUUAGCUGUGAGGAAGGAUACACACUAACAGGCUCAAGCUCCAGCAAGCUGAUGUGUGAAGGCAGUGGACACUGGAAUGCCUCUCGGCCCAUCUGUGAAGCUGUUCGAUGUCCAGCUCUUGUGGACCCUACGAACGGCAGGAUGAACUGCAGUGGUGGUAGUUUUGGCAGCAGCUGCAGCUUCAGCUGUAAUGAUGGGUUCCACCUUCAGGGGGCGCCAGAAAUUACCUGCACUGAGUCGGCAGAGUGGAGCCAGGAGAAGCCUUACUGUGGAGUCGUCCAGUGCUCUGAUCUGACUGAGCCUCUUCACGGCUCCAUGCAGUGCGAGCAUCUAGUAGGACACUUCAGCUAUCAGUCCUCCUGUGAGUUUAGCUGUGAGGAAGGAUACACACUAACAGGCUCAAACUCUAGUCGGCUGAUGUGUGAAGCCAGUGGACACUGGAAUGGUUUUGAACCCACCUGUGAAGCUGUUCAAUGUCCAGUCCUUCAGGACCCUACGAACGGUAGAAUCAUCUGCAGUGGUGAAAGUUUUGGCAGCAGCUGCAGCUUCAGCUGUAACAAUGGGUUCCACCUUCAGGGGGCGCCACACAUCACCUGCACAGAGUCUGCAGGGUGGAGCCAGGAGGUUCCUUACUGUGAAGUUGUCCAGUGCUCUGAUCUGACUGAGCCUCUUCACGGCUCCAUGCAGUGUCAGAAUCCUCUAGAAAGCUUUGGCUAUGAGUCCUCCUGUGAGUUUAGCUGUGAAGACGGAUACACACUAACAGGAUCAAGCUCUGGCCAGCUGGUGUGUGAAGGCACUGGACAUUGGAAUGACUCUCGGCCCACCUGUGAACCUGUUCGAUGCCCAACUCUUGAGGACCCUGCGAAUGGCAGAAUCAGUUGCGGAGGUGAUAGCUACGGCAGCAGGUGCAGCUUCAGCUGUAAUGAUGGGUUCCAACUUCAGGGGGCACCAGACAUUACCUGCACAAAGUCUGCAGAGUGGAAUGAGGAGAAACCUUACUGCAAAGUUGUCCAGUGCUCUGAUCUGACUGAGCCUCUUCACGGCUCCAUGCAGUGCAAGCAUCCAUUAGGACACUUCGGCUAUCAGUCCUCCUGUGAGUUUAGCUGUGAGGAAGGAUACACACUAACAGGCUCAAGCUCCAGCAAGCUGAUGUGUGAAGGCAGUGGACACUGGAAUGCCUCUCGGCCCAUCUGUGAAGCUGUUCGAUGUCCAGCUCUUGUGGACCCUACGAACGGCAGGAUGAACUGCAGUGGUGGUAGUUUUGGCAGCAGCUGCAGCUUCAGCUGUAAUGAUGGGUUCCACCUUCAGGGGGCGCCAGAAAUUACCUGCACUGAGUCGGCAGAGUGGAGCCAGGAGAAGCCUUACUGUGGAGUCGUCCAGUGCUCUGAUCUGACUGAGCCUCUUCACGGCUCCAUGCAGUGCGAGCAUCUAGUAGGACACUUCAGCUAUCAGUCCUCCUGUGAGUUUAGCUGUGAGGAAGGAUACACACUAACAGGCUCAAACUCUAGUCGGCUGAUGUGUGAAGCCAGUGGACACUGGAAUGGUUUUGAACCCACCUGUGAAGCUGUUCAAUGUCCAGUCCUUCAGGACCCUACGAACGGUAGAAUCAUCUGCAGUGGUGAAAGUUUUGGCAGCAGCUGCAGCUUCAGCUGUAACAAUGGGUUCCACCUUCAGGGGGCGCCACACAUCACCUGCACAGAGUCUGCAGGGUGGAGCCAGGAGGUUCCUUACUGUGAAGUUGUCCAGUGCUCUGAUCUGACUGAGCCUCUUCACGGCUCCAUGCAGUGUCAGAAUCCUCUAGAAAGCUUUGGCUAUGAGUCCUCCUGUGAGUUUAGCUGUGAAGACGGAUACACACUAACAGGAUCAAGCUCUGGCCAGCUGGUGUGUGAAGGCACUGGACAUUGGAAUGACUCUCGGCCCACCUGUGAACCUGUUCGAUGCCCAACUCUUGAGGACCCUGCGAAUGGCAGAAUCAGUUGCGGAGGUGAUAGCUACGGCAGCAGGUGCAGCUUCAGCUGUAAUGAUGGGUUCCAACUUCAGGGGGCACCAGACAUUACCUGCACAAAGUCUGCAGAGUGGAAUGAGGAGAAACCUUACUGCAAAGUUGUCCAGUGCUCUGAUCUGACUGAGCCUCUUCACGGCUCCAUGCAGUGCAAGCAUCCAUUGGGACACUUCAGCUAUCAGUCCUCCUGUGAGUUUAGCUGUGAGGAAGGAUACACACUAACAGGCUCAAGCUCCAGCAAGCUGAUGUGUGAAGGCAGUAGACACUGGAAUGCCUCUCGGCCCAUCUGUCAAGCUGUUCGAUGUCCAGCUCUUGUGGACCCUACGAACGGCAGGAUGAACUGCAGUGGUGGUAGUUUUGGCAGCAGCUGCAGCUUCAGCUGUAAUGAUGGGUUCCACCUUCAGGGGGCGCCAGAAAUUACCUGCACUGAGUCGGCAGAGUGGAGCCAGGAGAAGCCUUACUGUGAAGUCGUCCAGUGCUCUGAUCUGACUGAGCCUCUUCACGGCUCCAUGCAGUGCGAGCAUCUAGUAGGACACUUCAGCUAUCAGUCCUCCUGUGAGUUUAGCUGUGAGGAAGGAUACACACUAACAGGCUCAAACUCUAGUCGGCUGAUGUGUGAAGCCAGUGGACACUGGAAUGGUUUUGAACCCACCUGUGAAGCUGUUCAAUGUCCAGUCCUUCAGGACCCUACGAACGGUAGAAUCAUCUGCAGUGGUGAAAGUUUUGGCAGCAGCUGCAGCUUCAGCUGUGACAAUGGGUUCCACCUUCAGGGGGCGCCACACAUCACCUGCACAGAGUCUGCAGGGUGGAGCCAGGAGGUUCCUUACUGUGAAGUUGUCCAGUGCUCUGAUCUGACUGAGCCUCUUCACGGCUCCAUGCAGUGUCAGCAUCCUCUAGAAAGCUUUGGCUAUCAGUCCUCCUGUGAGUUUAGCUGUGAAGACGGAUACACACUAACAGGCUCAAGCUCUGGCCAGCUGGUGUGUGAAGGCACUGGACAUUGGAAUGACUCUCGGCCCACCUGUGAACCUGUUCGAUGCCCAACUCUUGAGGACCCUGUGAAUGGCAGGAUGAAAUGCAGUGGUGGUAGUUUUGGCAGCAGCUGCAGCUUCAGCUGUAAUGAUGGGUUCAACCUUCAUGGGGCGCCAGAAAUGACCUGCACUGAGUCUGCAGAGUGGAGCCAGGAGAAACCUUACUGUGAAGUCGCCCAGUGCUCUGAUCUGACUGAGCCUCUUCACGGCUCCAUGCAGUGUCAGCAUCCACUAAGACAGUUUGGUUAUCAGUCCUCCUGUGAGUUUAGCUGUGAGGAAGGAUACACACUAACAGGCUCAAGCUCUAGUCGGCUGAUGUGUGAAGCCAGUGGACACUGGAAUGAUUCUCAGCCCAUCUGUGAAGCUGUUCGCUGCCCGACUCUUGAGGACCCUACAAACGGCAGAAUCAUCUGCAGUGGUGAAAGUUUUGGCGGCAGCUGCAGCUUCAGCUGUAAUGAUGGGUUCCACCUUGAGGGGGCGCCAGAAAUUACCUGCACCCAAUCUGCAGAAUGGAGCCAGGAGAAGCCUUACUGUGAAGUCGUCCAGUGCUCUGAUCUGACUGAGCCUCUUCAUGGCUUCAUGCAGUGUCAGCAUCCAGUAGGACGUUUCAGCCAUCAGUCCUCCUGUGAGUUUAGCUGUGAAGACGGAUACACACUAACAGGCUCAAGCUCUGGCCAGCUGGUGUGUGAAGGCACUGGACAUUGGAAUGACUCUCGGCCCACCUGUGAACCAGUGACAUGUCCAUACCUCCAGAAGCCGGACAAUGGCCUCAUGAACUGUUCCUCUGAGGAGGCCACCGUCGGGACAUCCUGUUCCUUCAGCUGUUUAGAUGGCUACACUCUUCUCGGCGAUGAGGUGGUGACGUGUAACUUCACCGGCGGCUGGUCUGGAGCAGCAGCUGAGUGUCAAGCUCCUCCUGAGCCCCAGUUGAGCCCACCCUUGGUGACCGGCCUGACCGUAGCAGGAGGUGUUAGUUUGUCCAGCCUCGCUCUGGCUCUCUGGAUAAUGAAGAAACUCAGGCAGAAAGCUGAAAAGUUUGACCUAAGUAACUCGGACAUUGAUGUGCCCUCCCAAGUAUACAAGAGCAUCGACAGUUUAAUAUAGAGAAACUGUGGCUACAAACUACAAACUAAAGGGCCCUACUUGUGAUGACCCGGUCAGUCCUGCGUGGACGUCCUCUUCAGAGUGAAUGAAGAAAUGAACAACAGAGUGAAUACAUUGAGGUUGAUCCUUGGUUCUCUGUACUAUGCUUGAAUGAAUGGACUGGAAAGGACGUCACUGAUUAUUUAAAAUAUUGUCUUCUUCCUAAUGGAAGUUUUUCAUAACUUAUUGAACAUAUUGUUCUGUAUUGUUUGUGAGUAGAUACAUGAAUCUUGAGACGUAUGACAUGUUGUGUAUUUAUUUUCGGGACUUUUUAUUUUUCUGAAUAUAUUUAUAACGGUUACCACGACUACUGUACCUUAUCCUAAGAACUGUAAUCUAUUUAUUUGUUUCAGACAACUAAGCUAAUGUUGUUCAGCCAUUUACAAGCGUACAUUGUCAGUAUUGACUAGUGAUUUCUAAAUGGCAGAAAAGCAGCUCACAACACACAUCAGACAUGAUUAAAAUGUGGCCGAGUGAAAUAUUAUUUAUAUAUGGUUUUAUAUAUGCUUAUAUAAAUAUUUUAUAUAUAUAGGAGUUAGUGUUUCAGAUAUGCCUCAUGUGCGUUUAUUUAUUUAUUUUUGUGUUACACAUGAAUGUUUGAACUUUCCUAAGACAAAUAUAAACCCUGAAGUUGAUGCCGAUGUAUGAAUUUAUUUUUAAACAAAUAAAAGAUGUAAACCAAA